AUUUUAUUCCGUAUUAAACACUCACCUUUCUUUUAUGUAACACACAGUGUUUAUUUGAACAAUUUGUGGCAACAUUUUGGACAGUUGAAAUUUUGUGAUUCAACAACAAUUUGAACUCAAGUCAUUUAAAUCACAAAAUCAAAAGUUUAAAGGAUUUUAUAAGAAUUUUUUCGGCAAAAAUUGAUGUCAAUAUCCGGUGUUACUACUAAGUUUGAAAGUGAAAAGAUACAUCAGUCAAUAAAAGUCGAAAUAUUUUGUUGAAGCAAUAGUGGGUAUUUUCAACCAAACCAGUUCCCUUCAGUUGUGACAUCGUUUGGUCUACUUAUUUCUUCUGGAAAUAUUUUUUCAAUUUAUGAAUCGUUCCAUUUCCAGAUUUAAUUUAUUCACAUGAAAUUUUUGUGUUUUCAACUUUUAGAAUCGACUUAGUUAAUUAGUCUCUCAAUAAGUAGUCAUUUUUCGACUUAUUUGGUCAGUGAGAAUAUCAAUGUCUCGUGUGAAUGUGUAUGUGUGAGAAUAUUUAUUUUGUUUUGUUUUGUUCGUUUUCAAUCUGAACAAUGUAAAAUCGCGUCCGGUUAAUUCAAUGGAAUUGGUUAACGUUUCAGUCUGAAUAACGAAAGUGAACUUUGGAGCUUGUAAUCAAUACAUUACACUCGUAUCAUAUUAUUCGUUUUUACAACUAUGUUCAACUUAUUUCUCACUAUUUCUCUUGAUAGUCUUGACGAGAGUCUUCAAUAUUUCCAAAAGGAAAUAGAAGUAAAAUGUUCAAUCAAAUAAAACGAGAAUAGAUUAAAUAGAAAAAAAUAGAUUGAAAUCUUGAAUCUGUAUACGGCACAAGUUUAUUCCAAAAUUGAACUUAAUUUUUUUGACGAAAUAAGAUUCAUAUGAAUUUAAUAAUGGACUCAAGUCGAUCACACCACUUAUUGCCGGUACCAAGGAGAAAUCCAUUUCCACAGCGACCUUGGAUGGAGAACAAUGGUGCUGCAGCCGCAGCGACUGGCGCUUCUGGUCUAAAAGGUAUUGUUGCGGGUGGCAUUACCGGCGGAAUCGAAAUUUGUAUCACAUUUCCCACCGAGUAUGUGAAGACGCAGCUACAGUUAGACGAAAAGGGUGGUAGUAAAAAGUAUAAUGGUAUUGGCGAUUGUGUUCGCAAAACCGUUAAAUCGAACGGGGUUCUAGGCCUCUAUCGCGGCCUGUCGGUGCUCUUAUAUGGUAGCAUUCCAAAGUCGGCAGUGCGUUUUGGGGCAUUCGAAUCAUUCAAGAAACGCAUGCAGGAUCAUAAUGGUCAAUUGUCUGCAGGUGGGAAAUUGUUAGCUGGCUUAGGAGCGGGCGUGGCUGAGGCUAUUCUCGCCGUAACUCCAAUGGAAACAGUCAAAGUUAAAUUUAUCAACGAUCAACGCAGCGCAAACCCACAAUAUAAAGGAUUCUUCCACGGUGUAUCAACGAUCAUUCGCCAAGAAGGUUUUCUUGGUGUCUACAAAGGUGUUACAGCAACGAUAAUGAAACAAGGUUCCAAUCAAGCAAUUCGGUUUUACGUAAUGGAGACAUUGAAGGACUUGUAUAAAGGUGAUGAUCCGAAGAAACCUGUUCCGAAGCUAGUCGUUGGAAUGUUUGGUGCUGUGGCCGGCGCAGCCUCAGUAUUUGGAAACACACCAAUCGAUGUAGUAAAAACACGAAUGCAAGGUUUGGAAGCGUCAAAAUAUAAAAAUACUGCCGAUUGCGCCAUGCAAAUAUGGAAAAAUGAAGGCCCAUGCGCAUUCUACAAAGGAACUGUGCCACGAUUAAGUCGUGUCUGCCUCGAUGUAGCGAUCACUUUUAUGAUUUACGACUCAUUUAUGGAUUUGUUCAAUAAAUUCUGGCAUUAAACAUAUCAAAUAUAUUCCAUUAAUAAUUGUUAGAA